AUGGUCUCCCCCCUAACAACAACCUUCAUCCAAUCCACCAUCCUAAACGCCAUCGCCAACAUCCUAGCACAAAUAAUAGACCAUCAUCGGAAAUCCAAAUCAACAACAUUUACACCUAACCUCCCCGCCCUCCUCCAAUUCAUCACCUACGGGAUAAUAAUCGUUCUCCCGAAUUUCAUCUGGCAGAGGUAUCUUGAACGGCGGUAUCCGGGGUUUCUUUUCCAAUCCCCUUCUACUAACAGAAACCUUUCCUCCCCUCCCCUACGAACAUCUACCCCUAAUGGAACUAAAAGAGGUCCGGGAGGAGGGGGUUUGGGAGAAAUCUACAUCUCCAUCCCAGACCCAACCUCCACCGUCCUCCUCAAGGAGAAAAAACAAAACCCCAACUUUCUCCCUUCACAACAGAAGCGCAGAAGAGGAGGCUGGUACAACUUCCUCAUGAAAUUCCUCCUUGAUCAGACGGUGGGGAGUGUUGGGAAUAUCGUACUGUUUAUUGUUCUCAUUAAUUUGUUGAAGGGGGUGGGUGUUGGUGGUGUUUGGGGGUUGGUUGUUGAGGACUUCAAACCCAUCAUGAUCGCAAGACUCAAAUAUAGACCGAUUGUCUCGUUGCUCAUGUAUACGGUUGUGCCGGUGGAUCGGCGCGUCGUGUUUGGGAGUGCGUGUGGGGUGAUUUGGGGGGUGUAUUUGAGUUUGUAUGCUGUUGUUUAG